GGACAGAAGCAAAUUGCUGAGGGGAGUCACUGGGCACUCGCUGAGGGCUUAGCACAGCGGGAAGGGUGAUGAGCAGUGUCCAUCCAUCAUGCUCAAGUCAGGAACUAGUGAUGGUUUUCUCCAAGGACAGUUUUCCUCUGUGGACACCUGCAGCCGAGGAAGAACAUAAGUUACUCACACGCUGGCCCGUUGCCUGCUGUGGGACAGCAUGGUGCGGCGCGUGGCUGUUAUCGGGGCCGGGGCCGGUGGGUUGGCCUCCAUCAAGUGCUGCCUGGACGAGGGGCUGGAGCCCACCUGCUUUGAGAGGAGCGAGGACAUCGGGGGGAUCUGGCGCUACACGGACUCCACGGAUGGUGGGCGGAUCAGUGUAUACCGCUCAGUCAUCACCAACACCUCCAAGGAGAUGUCCUGCUUCAGUGACUUCCCCUGCCCAGAGAAUUUUCCCAGUUUCCUACCUCAUGGUCUCCUCCUGGAGUACUAUCGGAUGUACGCCCAGCACUUCGACCUCCUGCGGCACAUACGCUUCAAGACGACAGCUGUCAGCGUGAGGAGGCGCCCGGAUUUUGCCACCUCAGGCCAGUGGGAGGUGGUCACCGAGACCGACGGCAUCCGGGAGUCACACGUCUUCGAUGCCGUCAUGGUUUGCACCGGCCAUUACCAGGAGCCCUACUUACCAUUGGCUUCUUUCCCAGGUAUCAACACCCGCUUCAAAGGACAAUACCUCCACAGCUGGGAAUACAAAGAUGUGGAGGCUUUCCGGGGAAAGCGGGUCCUUGUAGUCGGCGUUGGCAACACCGGCGGUGACAUCUCCGUGGAGCUGAGCCGUGUGGCUGCAAAGGUGUUCCUCAGUGCCAGGAGCAGCACGUGGGUGUUCAGCCGUGUCUCGGACCACGGCUUCCCCUUCGACAUGGUCAGCACCACCCGCUUCAAUCACUUUCUCGACUGGCUUCUCCCAUCAGCCCUCUCAAGGAGGAUCAGGUUUCGGAAGUUCAAUUCGUGGUUUAACCAUGCAAACUAUGGCUUGGCUUCUACCAAAAGCUCCAACUUUAAGGUAAUUAUCAAUGAAGAGCUGCCAUUUUGUCUCCUGUCUGGGACCGUUGUGUUGAAGACAACUGUGAAGGAGUUCACUGAAAACUCUGCUGUUUUUGAAGACGGGACAAUCGAAGAAAAUAUCGAUGUGGUGCUCUUUGCCACAGGCUACAUCUUCUCAUUUCCCUUCCUUGAAGAGCCAGUUCGCAGCCUCUUCGAUGAUAACCGUUCCCUCUAUAAGCGCAUCUUCCCUCCACAGCUGGAAAAGCCAACGCUGGCCAUCAUUGGCUUAGUCCAACUCACUGGCUCUGUGAUGGUGGGAACAGAAAUGCAGGCUCGUUGGGUGACAGGGAUCUUUGCAGGCUGGAACAAGCUCCCUCCCACCAGCAGGAUGAUAGCCGAUGUUUUGAAGAAGAAGCCGCCAGUCAAAAGGAAUCCAUCCGAGAGGGACAACUUGAAGAUUAGUUUUAUCAGCUACACUGAUGAAAUUGCUUCGUGUGCUGGUGUAAAGCCCAACGUGCUGAGGCUGCUCCUGACAGACCCCAGGCUGGCCCUGGCCAUCUUCUUCGGCCCCUGCACGCCCUACCAGUACCGGUUGGUGGGACGGGGAAAGUGGAGUGGGGCCAGAAAUGCCAUCCUGACUCAGUGGCAGCGGACACUGAAGCCCUUGAGAACUCGGGUGGUAGAUGACUCCUCCAGUGGCUCCUCCAGCUGGUGCUGGAUGUGCCUCCUGGCCUUGCCGGUGGCUCUCACAGCAGGUUUCCUCCUUUCUAAAAACCCCCGGCCAGGCUGGAGUCUCUGGGUAGGUCCCCAACUGUAGAGGAAGCCUGGUGAGACCUGGUCCUGAGCAAGCUGGGGAUGGUGCUGGGUGCCAUCAGGAGGGCUAGAGCUGGCCCAGCACUGGCAGAGCCUGGAGCCUGGAGCUGUCUGGUGUCUGGCCACCUCCUGCCAAUGUCUCACGCCCAUCAAGAGCUGUAUGGAGCUUUUACCCCAAACCUGCUGCGAUCUGUGCCCACUUUGUACCAGCACCAGGCUGGAUCUCCAGAGGGCUUUUGGGAAGAGCCAUUUUGGGAUGGGCUGGUGCAGGGGGCCAGCCUUCCCCCUGCACCCGCUCGGCCGUAAAAUUUCAGCAAGACCCACACCACCUUGAGAUUUUCGGAAACGCUAACUGUAGAGAUCUUUCUGUUUGUCUGGCAACUUUUGGGACACGAGGGAGGGAGCCACAAAUAAACCUCACGGAUUUGGUCUUCUCUGA